AUGGCGCCCUCGUCGGUACCGCCAAACCCAACCGCCCACAAUGUCGCGCAGCUGCUACCGAAGCUCUCCGACACGGACCCCGACUUUCGGUUCAUGGCCCUGAGCGACCUGCACGACACUUUGGUCGUUGCGCACGCUGGGUUCCUUCAGCACGACGAUGUCACAUGCGCCAAGACCGUGGAGGGUCUCCUCGCGACGCUGGUCGACACAAACGGCGAGGUGCAGAACCAGGCCGUCAAGUGCUUGGGCCCUUUCGUGAACAGGAUCCCCGACAAGAUACUCUGUCCUAUGAUCGAGAAGCUCUCGAACCUGCAGACCGACAGCGCCGUCGACCAGAGCAUACCCUCGCUCGCCCUCCGCGAAGUUGUCGUCUCCCUGCCACGCCCUGUCGCUGGUGUCGCGCGGAUAAAGCCAGUCCUCGAUGCAUACAGCGCCAUCAGCAGGGUGCUCAUCCCGCGACUGGUCGGAUACCAUGUCAUUCAGCCGGCACAGCAGGGUCUGCCCAAGGUGCCGCAGGGGAUGCUGCAGGUGGACCUCGAGAAGGGCACAGACAGCAAUGCCAUCGACGUCUUGAUCGAGAUUGCACGCUGCUUUGGGCCGUUGUUGCAGGAUGUUGAGAUCCAGGCACUGCAGAAGAUCACAUUCGAGAUUCUCGAGAACGACCGAGCGAGCUCCAUGAUGAAGAAGAAGUCGGUCACAGCCAUCUCCACGCUGGCGGGAUACUUCCCAGACCAGUUGCUGAGCAGCUUCCUGUCGCGCGUAAUCGAGCACCUUCGAGACGCCCACCUGCUUCGCAGCAAGCGCAAGUUGUACAUCACCAUCCUCGGCUCCAUGGCCAGGUCUAUCCCUCGCAAGUUCGGCCCAUACCUGAAGACACUGGCACCCUUUGUCCUGAGCGCAGUCAGCGAACAAGAACAGGAGGAUGGCAUGGAUGUAUCCGACGAUGAGGGCGAGCGCGAUCCCGAGAUCGACGAGGUGCUGGAAGCUGCGCUCAUUGCUCUCGAGGGCUUCCUCGCCUCUUGCUCACACGACAUGCGCAUGUACACGGACGAGACCAUCGCCGCAGCCACACGACUCCUGAAGUACGACCCGAACCUCGCGCAAGACGACGAUGAAGACGAGGACGCUAUGGAGAGUGACGAGGAAGAUGCGUUGGAGGGCGAUGACUUCGAGGAGGAAGUUGGCUACGACGACGAUGAGGAUGCCAGCUGGAAGGUCCGGAGGUGCGCAGCCAAGGUCCUCUACACUUUGAUCUCCACGCGAAGUAACGGUGAUCUCAUGGACGACGGGACACUCUACAGCAAGGUCGCUCCAGCUCUGACUGCACGCUUCAAGGAGCGGGAAGACAACGUGCGCUUGGAAGUGCUUGCGACACUGUCAAACCUUGUCAAGAAGUCGGGCGAUGGGCCUUCACCUGUCAAGUUCGCCGAUGAGCACCCUCAAGGCGGGACGAUGAUGCCACCACCGAGUCGUAAGCGCCGUAGGGGUGGUAGUGACGCCAGCAUGCUCGACCUGCACGCCAACUCAUCAGUCUCACUGGGCUACUCGUCUCCAGCGCGAACUGGAACACCGCCAGUCGGCCCACGUGCCAGCCUGGGUAAGCUGAGCCCUGAGAUUGUCAAGGGUGUAGCGCAGCUUCUCAAGCAAUCAUCCUGCCCGCCAUCAACAAAGCAGGCUUCGAUUAUUCUAAUCAAGGACAUCGUCAUUACCCAACAAGGCGGCCUUGAGGGUUACCUGUCACAGCUACUUGAGCCUGUAAUAGAAGCCUCAAAGACCAGCAGCGGCUUGACAAGCAGCGCAUCAGCCACAGCAAACAGCCUCCGCAUUCAAGCGCUACAACUUCUUGGUGCCAUCGCCGAUACACAUCAUGCUAAGGACAUCCAGCCGUAUCUGUCGAGCAUCGUUCCAGCUCUCCUGAAGGGAUCGACCGAAAAGUACAGCAAGCUGUCCAUCGAGGCGCUUGCAGCGACUGAGCAGGUCAUCAAGGCUCUCACACCGCCACGAUCUGCGGCAACAGGAGCACAGAACCAGCAGUAUCUGGAGCCACUGUAUGACACAUUGGUUAGCCGCAUUUCGGCCAAUGAUGCAGACCUUGAGGUCCGCCAGAGCGCCAUCCAUGUGCUUGGGCUGCUGCUUGGCCGCAGUUCUGGCACAGAGGGACUGCUCUCACCACAGAAACGUGCGGCUGGCCUAGAGCUGUUGGCUGAUCGCCUAAAGAACGAGCUGACACGUUUGGCAUCUGUACGUGCCAUUGACUCAAUCGCAGCUCACACCAAGGCUCAGAACGAGUUGUCCGCGAACUGGGUGCAGAGUGUUGCUCUGGAACUGGGAGCACAGCUCCGCAAGGCCAGCCGUGUUCUCCGCGGCGCGAGCUUGAGCGCUCUUAGGACACUGGCUCUUAACGAGCAUUCACGGAAACAACUCGACAGCAAGACCAAGGCUCGGAUUGUUGAUCUGUUACUGCCUCUCCUCAACGCGUCUGACCUUCACCUCCUCGGACCCGCGCUUAUCAUCCUGGCCACUUUUAUCCAAGAUGACGCCAAUUCGACAUUGACGCCUGAGCUCAAUGACGCGCUCUGCCAAGUCGUACAAGGCUCGAUUAGUGGGUCGUCUCUUGAUGCGCUGUUGAAGCUCGUCCGUACGAUUGGAGAGCAGCAGGCUGGCCAAGCCCUGAUGAAGUCGCUGCUGCAAGACGUUGGCGUUGGCGGUCACCCAGAGGUAGUAGGCAAGGUCAUCGGUAAUCUUCUCGUAUAUGGAGGCUCUAGUGUCGGCGUCAAGCUUGACCAGUUCGUCACUGAGCUCGAGACCGCCCAAGACGAUAAGCGCAAGUGCCUUGCGCUGGUGGUACUAGGAGAAGCAGCACGUCGUCUCGGCAAGCAGUCAUCGGUUGAUCCCAACUUGUUCAUCAGAUACUUCUCCGUCAAGUCUGAACAGGUGCCUCUGGCGGCUGCUGUUGCUCUCGGCCGCGCUGGAGCUGGCAACAUUAGCCAGUAUGUGCCUGUCAUUCUAUCGACAAUGGGCAAGGUAUCGGCACCUCAGUACCUUCUUCUGCACGCUAUCAAAGAGAUUUUGCAGCAAGAAGAUACUGAGUCCGAGAUCAUCCCGUAUGCUUCGACACUGUGGCAAAACCUGGUCGCCGCAUCUCAGCUUGAAGACAACAAGGCGAUCGGUGCGGAGUGUGUCGGCAGGCUUACGAUCAUUGACCCCAAGACAUACCUGCCUCAGCUUCAAGGUUUCCUGAACGAUCGCAAGGCUGCUGUCCGUGGCAUGGUCAUCUCUGCGCUACGAUACACCCUCGCCGACACCGACGAGGCUUACGACGAGUACCUCAGGCCCAUUGUUGUCCCUAUGCUCACGCAGAUGCUCAAUGAGGAAGACCUCGAUAACCGUCGUCUGGCACUUACGACCUUCAACUCUGCCAUGCACAACAAGCCCGAGAUCAUCCUGCCCGCUCUGGAUCAAUUGCUCCCUCUUGCCAUGAAGGAGACCUACCAGAAGCCCGAGCUUAUCCGCGUAGUACAGAUGGGUCCUUUUAAGCACAACGUCGACGACGGUCUCGAGCUCCGCAAGUCUGCCUACGAAACCUUGUACGCACUGCUGGAAACGGCGUUCACUCGCAUCGGACCCAUGGAGGUGUCAGACUGCUUCGAGCGCAUUGUUGCCGGCAUCACAGAUGAGCACGAUAUCCGCAUUCUAUGCAACUUGAUGCUGACCAAGCUGAUGAUGAUCGCGCCCGAACAGGUGCACAGCCGCCUUGAGGCCAUUGCGUCGAACUUCCGCACCGUGCUCAACGUCAAGCCCAAGGACAACGCCGUCAAGCAGGAGAUCGAGAAGAUCCAAGAGGGCGGGAAAGGUGUGCUCCGCGUCACUGUGCUGUUGAACAAGCAGCUGGGCACAGAAGGUGCAAUUGGCCAGGACGACCCUCAGUCGCGGACUUGGGCGCAGUACUGGGAGUGGGUCACAAAGGAGCACGCACAACGUCUCAAGGAUGCCAUCGAUGAGCUCAAGGAGCGUGAUCGCUAG